ACGGGGGAGCCGCUGCCGGGUUUCGGAUGCUGCGGGUGCUUUGGACGAGGGGGGACGCCCCAGCCCCGGUGUUGGCGUUCGCACGUGCAUUUCCCUGCCGCCGAUCUCGGGCAGGAAGCCCCGCUACGCCGCGGAGGGGCACUAUGAACGAAGAGGAGCAGUUUGUAAACAUCGAUUUGAAUGAUGACAACAUUUGCAGUGUUUGUAAACUGGGGACAGACAGAGAAACCCUCUCCUUCUGCCACGUUUGUUUUGAGCUGAACAUUGAGGGAAUACCAAAAUCUAAUCUCUUGCACACCACAUCAUUAAGGGGCCAUAAAGACUGCUUUGAAAAAUACCAUUUGAUUGCAAACCAGGAUUGUCCUCGAUCUAAGCUUUCAAAAAAUACUUAUUAUGAAGACGUUAAAGCCAUUUUGAGUAAGAAGAUAAACUGGAUUGUACAGUACGCACAAAAUAAGGAUGUGGAUUCGGAUUCAUAAUGUUCUAAACCUCCCCAGCAUCACCUGUUUAAUUUCAGGCAUAAGCCGGAUAAAAAGCUACUCCCACAGUUUGACUCCCAAGUACCAAAGUAUUCUGCAAAAUGGCUAGAUGGAAGUACGGGUGGCCUCUCAGACUGUACACAAAGAAUAUUGCAGCAGAGGGAAAACUCAGACUUCGGGCUUGCUAUGUUACAAGGGUCAGGUGCCACUUUGUGCCACAAUAGUGUAUUGUGGCCUCCUAGUCACAACCAGACACAGAAGAAGGAAGAGACCAUCUCUAAUCCAGAGGCUAGUGUCCAGACCCAGCAGCCACAUUACAGCAGGGAGGAAUUGAAUUUGAUGACUCCUGGUGAGGUAAAGCAACUGAAUGCAAAGCUCCAACAGCGAAUACAGGAAGUUUUUGAAGAGUUAACACGCCAAGUGCAAGAAAAAGAUUCUCUGGCCUCAGAGCUCCAUGUCCGCCACGUCGCCAUCGAACAGCUUCUCAAGAACUAUUCCAAGUUACCAUGUCUGCAAGUGGGGCGAACGGGAAUGAAGUCCCACCUGACAUGAGCAACGGAACUCAACUUACACUCACUUCCUGUGCCCCGCCACUUCCUGGUCAGCCACUUGCAAUGUGGUCAUUAAGUUUGCAGAACUUAAAGGCAGUAUUGAACAUGUUUGUUAGAAAAAGCGGAUCGCCACACUCUAGUCUUCUA